CCAGCUGUGACUCUCCGCAUCUGCGUAGCUCAAAAGGCUAAAAAACCUAAAAACUAGAGACAAACCCAUACUCAAAGCCUGUUGUUCGCAGACUUUGCCAAACCGUGUGUUACUUUUUCGUUGUCUGGUAGGCUAACUGGUAUAUUUGUAAGGCUAUCUCCACCUUCUGCCACAGUGUGUUAAGUGUUGCACUUAGCUUGAGGCUAACUCGGUCCGAGGAGAAGAUCUCAGAAGCUUGACCCCGGAGCCUUGCUCAGAGAAUGGACAGUGAAAUCCAACGAGACGGGAGAGUCCUGGACCUCACUGAUGACGCCUGGAGGGAAGACAGACUGCCGUAUGAAGAUGUCACCAUCCCUCUGAGCGAGUUGCCUGAGGCUGAGCAGGACAACGGAGGCUCCACGGAGUCUGUGAAAGAACAAGAGAUGAAGUGGACAGACCUCGCUCUGCAGAGCCUGCAUGAAAACACACCGAGCACCGGCAGCUGAAAGACAAAUCUGGAAUCGGACUGUAAGACAGAAAAACACAUGCAUGAGGACACCGGAUUCACACACGUUAAUCACCUUCUCUUUGCAUUGUAUUGCGUCUUUUGAAUGCUUCGCAGGACGUUCUAGUUUUCAGCUAAGCAGUAAUUUUGCAUACAUUGUUUUUGCAUUGGUAUUGGGUUUAUGUUGCAGUCUUUAUCAAUAUAAAAUAACAACCUUGUAAUAGCAUAAAUGGAAAAGCGUCUUUUCCAAUUGUCCUGCAUUUUUUAUUUAUUUAUUUUUUUAGUUUUUGUUGAAUCCAGAAAGUGAGGAGGACAGUGGACUUUCACACAGAUACUGCGUGUGUACUCUGUGUUAAAGUAUUCUUUUUUUUUUUUUCUUUACUUACUAAAAAUGCUUAGAAAAAUGUCUUCUUUCCAGGUUGGUUAUCUUUAGGCAGCAUAUUUAACUAUUUUAUCCAGAAACCUUUGAGAAAAAUGUAAGUCCCUCCAAACGUGCUUUCAUUUUUUGGUAUUUAACAUUUUCACAACUCUGUGUGGAAAUACAAAUCUCAAGUCCUUUUUUUUUCUCAUUUCAUUCUCUUGCGUCGUGACCCAGGCUGAGCACCUCUGUAGGAACCUCCCUGAGAGGUUUAAACCAGGAAAAAGAAAGUCCUGACUGCAGCUUCAUCGUCACUGUGUGUGUGCAGCCUCUGCCAUGAGCUUGCGAAUGUGGUCAUGCGGCCCCCUACCCAGCAGGGCUGAGGGGUGUCUGUAGGAGCCCCCUAGACGGUCCCAGAGUGUAAAGUAUUGUCCAUAGUUGUAGUUGAAGAAGAGAUGAUGGUCUACGUGGUGAGCAGCACCAUUGAUCAGACAUAUCAGGGGGCCGGGAAUGCGGUAGUCCCCAUCAUGUAUGGAAAUGGUCCAGAUGUUGACAAAGACAAAUAGUGAGAGGUAGACCACCUGUAAUUUACAUAUCCAAAACAUUUUACAGUUAAGAAGAGAGAGCAUCACAUUAAUGUCCUCAGUGUACAAGUUUAAGUUUUAACAGCAACAUUGUGAAAAAUGCAGUGGAGCUUGUGUAGUCCUAAUUUACAAGACUGUUACUCCUCAGACAUAACAUCAAAAUGUUUAUCAAAGAGUGACAAGUAGACCAGUAGUACCUUGUGGAGGGGGAAGAUGAAUGGGUAGAUGUGAUAGGGUAAGCUCUGCAGGAAGCCGUCAAGUGGGUGGAAGGCAUGGCUGGCAAAAGGCGAAGGGAUCUUGAAUAUAUGGUGCUGCUUAUGUAAGUGCUGAGGGGAAGAAACAGAAGUUGUUUAUAUAUUAAUACCAAUAGUCUUCAGAUGGAAAACAGUUUAAAUUUCAAACAAGUAAGCCAUCUAAUGAUUAAAGUACAGUUACUGAUUUCAUAUUUUGAGAUGUAAAUCAGUUGCUUGUGUGUCAUGUUUGUGUCCACCAGAUACAUUUUAAUAUUCAAUCU